AUGGGUGAGCGCUGCCCGGGGACCCCGCGCACGGCCCGGAGGGGACGCGGAGCGCCCGGCACGGCCGGUGCCGCCGGGAGGGGUCCCCGAGGCUCGGGGGGCGCGGGCAGGGGGCGCGGGGGGCUCCGCGUGGCCGCCCUCAGCCUCGCCCUCCUCUUCCUCCGCGCAGAGGCCGAAGGCUUCGCCCUCUGCCACGCGCCCGCGCUGCAGACCAAGGUGUUCCAGUACCGGCUGUGGGACGUGAACCAGCGCUCGCUGUACCUGCGCGAUGACCAGCUGGUGGCCGGGCACCUGCAGGGCGCCAACGCCGCGCUGGAAGAGAAAGUGUUCUGGGUGCCCAACCGAGCCCUGGAGCCCGCGCGGCUGCCGGUGAUCCUGGGGAUCCGGAGCGGCUCCCGCUGCCUCCGCACCGAGCGCGGCCCCGCCGGAGAGCCCCGGCUGCGGCUGCAGGACGUGGACAUCCGGGAGCUGCCCCGCGCCGGUGACAGCGCGGCCGCCUUCACCUUCUUCCGCUCCUACCGGGACGGGCUGUGGCGCUUCGAGUCGGCCGCGCACCCCGGCUGGUUCCUGUGCACGUCCCCGCGCGGCCACCAGCCCCUGGCGCUCUGCCGCCACCGCGAUGUCACCUCCAACCUGCUCGACUUCUACUUCCAGCUCUGCUGAGCGCCCCCGGGCCCGCGCGGGGACAGCGGGGACCCGGGGCGGUGGCAUCUUCCUGGGGAGGGUGGCAUCACCCCUAGAACGGUGACAUCUUCAUCUCAGGGUGGUGGCAUCUCCCUGGGGAGGGUGGCAUCACCCCCAGGACGGUGACAUCCCCCUGGAGAGGGUGGCAUCACCCCUAGAGUGGUGACAUCCCGCUGGGGAGGGUGGCAUCACCCCCAGGACGGUGACAUCCCCCUGGAGAGGGUGGCAUCACCCCCAGGACGGUGACAUCCCCCUGGAGAGGGUGGCAUCACCCCCAGGACGGUGACAUCCCCCUGGGGAGGGUGGCAUCUCCAGGCAUCUGUCCCCCAUUCCCUGUCCCCCCGGGUGGUGACACCUUCAUCCCAAGGUGGUGACAUCUUCCUGGAGAGGCUGGCGUGCCCCCCAGCGUGGCGACAUCCUCACCCAGCGAGGGUGACAUCCUCGCUCCUCGGCGACAUCUUCCCCAGGACGGUGACAUCCAUCCCGGACCGUGCCACCCCCCCUUGCUCCGGGGCGGUGCCAUCCCCCUGGGGACAGCGACAUCCGUCCCCCGGUGUGGUGCCACUCCCUCGGGGCGGUGCCAUCCCCCUGGGGACAGCGACAUCGCCCU